ACCCACGUUCUCACCGCGCUGCCCAGUGGAAACAACCACCUGCCCCGCGGCUCUACGGUCCCGGCUCUGCCCCCGUGCAGGUGCCGCGGAGCCGCGAGCGGGGACACCUCGAGCCCAUUGCGGAUUUGCAUGGAAGCUCCCGCUGCGCCAGGCUCCGCCUCCCGCUGGCUCCGGCACUAAAGCGACGUGUCCCAGGCCCGCCGGGCGGGCAGGCUGCGGUCACACGCGCCUCAGCCACCUGCCGCGCUGCUCGCCCGGCGGCCCUUCUCCUGGGCACGGCUCCCGCCCUCCACGCCGGCUCCCAGCAUGUUGAUGGCUAGUACCAGAAGAUUAACUUAGUGGGAGAACAGGCUGGGUGACAUUUCCCCAUCAUCUACUGAAACAUGAAGACCAAAAGCAAAAGAACAAAGCACAGGCUUGCUGUUGACAAAGAAGCCUUUCCUGGGGAGACAACUUUGAGCAAAGAGGAACCGGUGAAAUGUUUGCGACGCAAAGAAAGGAGAAAUGGCGAAAACAAUGAGAGUAGCAAGACUGGUACAGUCAAAGCCAAGCAUGCUUGGAACAACAAAGACAGACACUUAAGGCGAUUGGAAAGCAAUGAACGGGAGAGGCAGAGAAUGCACAAGCUCAAUAAUGCAUUCCAGGCCUUGCGGGAGGUUAUCCCUCAUGUGAGAGCUGAGAAUAAGCUUUCUAAAAUUGAGACUCUCACGCUAGCCAAAAAUUACAUUAAAUCACUGACUUCCACCAUACUCCAUAUGUCCAGUGGGCACCUUCCAACUGUAGAAGGAACUGGAGCAUCCAAUGGCUCCAAACUGUACCAGCAUUACCAACAGCAACACGGUGAUGAGGAACACGAUGAACAACUAAAAAAAUACUCCACACAAAUUCACAACUUCAGACAAGGCAGCUAAAGUUAGCUACUGGCCUCAUUCUCUCAUCUCCAUACAGUCCUGUAUAUUUCAGCAUUUGGAGGAUUAAGGGGUUAUUUCCUCCCGGUGGCAUUCUUUUUUGUUUGUUUUUGAAAAGACAAAUGUUUAGUGACUAGAUCUCAUAAUUCUUGUUGAAAUUAUCCUAAAUUGUAGGUCAGGCUUUUCAAAGAGAUUAGUGAUUUUGGUUGCCCGGUAUGAAACACCUUCUCUGUUCUUAUAGUUUUUUGUUUACCUGCUUUCUUUGUAAUUUUCUUGAGGUCAGAAUGUUCUUUUAAUUUGUAAUGAGAAAUUGUUUGAUUGUUCAACACCUAGAUUGCUUUUGCAGGGCGGGCUUUAUAAACAAAUUAUUUUUCAGUGGGAGGGGGGUCUCUGCACUUUAGGAAAAUUACUCUUUUUAUAAGGUACCUUGAGUUGGGCACCCAACAGUGAUGUCCUAAAUCACUAGUCAUUAUUGAAAAUACUGGCUGUAACUUCGAUUCCUCCAGAAGUGGCACCAUGUAAUGGGGAAUCUUGGUGCAGGAAUAAUGAAGUUUAUGGCCCGGUACAGUACUUUGGAAUGUAUACAGCUACUGGAGGGACAUACCUAACUGACCUGAUAUUUGGAUAGCAGGACUAAUUUAUUUAACCACAAUUACCUGGAUUUUUUCCCUUGAAUUCUUAAAUAUCCUGCUACUCAGGGGGAGGAACAAAUUUAAUGACAAUAGAAACUUAUUUUGAGUAGCUUGAUUAGUGUGAUCGAACAGGUAUGAACAGAUAUCAGAUAAUGUUUUCACAAAUGGCCUUGGACCAGACCCUAAAUGCCCUAAACCAGCUGUUCUCAAACUUCAUUGCAACAUGACCCCCUUCUGACAACAAAAAUUACUGCACAACCCCAAGAGGGGGGAUCGAAGACUGAGCCCCGCUGCCCUGGGCAGGGAGGCCAAAGUUGAAGCCUAAGGGCUUCUGCCCUGGGCGAGGGAAUGUAACCUUAGCCCUGGGGGGUGGGGCUU